AUGAGUGCCAGCAUCCACGCUCAGAACACCAUGAGCUGUAUCGACAAACAAGCUCAUGCAUUCAAGAGAAGAAUUCUGUCUCAGAUCUUCACAGAGCAUGCCUUGAAGGGGGUAGAGGAUCGCAUCCUGGCUCAUAUCAGACGGUUUUGCGCUACACUGGGCCACUUCCCGUCUAAGGCACAAGAUUCGAGCUCUGGCUGGGGACCAAGUAUGGAUCUCGCACCGCUCUGUGACUAUCUUGCCUUCGAUAUUAUCAGCGACCUAUGCUACGGAGAAAGUCUUAACAUGCUGGUUAGUGGCCGUUAUCGCCACAUUCCCCGAAUUACCAAAAUGCUAGGUCGUCGAAAUGCAGUCUGCUUUGCUCAGUCAAUGUUGUGGCGAUAUAAGUUGGAUCGUAUAUUCUUUGCUACCCUCAUUGGUCCAAUCAAGGAUUUUGGGUCUUGGGUUAGACAUCAGGCGAAGACUAGAAGUCGAUUGGGUAAUGACGUAUCCCAAAUUGAUUGCUUUCAUUACAUGCUCAACGCAAAGGAUCCCAAGACCGGUCAAGGCUUUACGGAGAGGGAACUGUGGACAGAAUCGCUGCUUCUGCUUAUUGCUGGCUCGGACACCAUUGCUGUCACGUUAAGUGCGACUCUUUUCCAUCUCGCACAUAACCAGCAUGUACUUGACCGAGCUACUCAAGAAAUUCGUUCGUCAUUCGAGGAAGUGGACGAUAUCUGCCUAGGAGCCCAGCUGAAGGGAUGCAUUUAUCUUCGAGCAUGUAUAUCCGAGGCCAUGCGUCUUUCACCCCCGUUCGCAACCAUGAACCCUCGGCGUGUGCUGAAGGGUGGAAUGAUCGUGGAUGGACAUUAUAUUCCAGAGGGUACUAUAAUUGGUUGUCCGAUCUAUACUCUCCACCAUAACGAAGAAAGUUAUCCACGCCCAUUUAGAUACGAUCCAGAACGCUGGUUGGAAAAUGAAGGUGAAGGUUCCCGUCCGUCGAAAAAGAAUGCACUCAGAAUGGCCCAGGCAGCAUUCUGUCCCUUCAGUAUAGGACCGAGAUCGUGUCUUGCUCAGAACUUGGCCUGGGCUGAGGUCACCAUGACACUGGCCCGGAUUUUGUUCUUGUACGAUAUCCGACUGCCACCUGAUCAUCACAACAGUGAAUCCGAAUGUUGCGCCUCUACUCAGAGGGAUAGAAGUCCAGAGUACAAGAUAAGAGCAUGGCUAUCGGCAGAUCGACAUGGUCCGUUCCUCCAAUUCCGUCCCAAAGCCGUCUGA